AUGUCAGCUAACCAUGCCCCUCGUCUCUCCCAACUCAUAUGUACAGCCACCCCUGACCCGGUCGAAGCAGAGAAGGCCAACCUGCAACAGCAAAUCGCAGCCGCAUCGGCUAUCCUCGUGGCUGAAGCAAGGUGUUUCCCCAAGGAUCAUGAAGGAAUGCAAGAGGAGAAGACAAUGUGGCUGCGAUGCUGGGAGGAGAAGAUGGCUAUGCUUAUGCUGUUGGUUGAGCGCAGGAAGGAGCUUGGCGUCACAGUAAGGGUGGAUGCAGCAGAAGUGCCUAUACUGGCUGAAGCGGACAACAUCUAUGAGCGGUGGAUGGCGGAGGAGGCCGAAGUGCAUGCAAGGGUCGAGCAGGACGUCCAGAUGGGGGAUGAGAAUGCACAGGAGACCAGAGGGCCACAUGCAAGCGUUGCAGUGCCUGUGGUGACAGAGAAGAUGUCGCAUGUAGAGGUGGUGUCCCAUCUGGUGUGGAAGCAGACCAUUGCAGAGAGCAAAGACGAGGAUGAGCCCAAGAUUGUUGUUCCUCCCAGCUCAAUCCUCCACAAGGUCCCAUGCAUGCAGUGCAUGGGGUGCGAGAAGUUGAUGAAGGCUGUGGGAAAGAAGGCACAGGCAGGCACAUCGGUCAUGCAGGCCUCGAAGACUGCAAAGGCAAGCUCAUCCAAGAGAGUCGUAGAUGACGAUGACGAUGAUGACGAAGCUGAGGUGGUCGAAAGCCACAUGUGUGCGAAGGGGAAAGCACCAGUGCAUAGCCAGCUCAAUGCCAAGGUUGUGGCCAACCUGUCACAGUCGCUGAGGCUGCUUCGUGCUGAGGCCAUGGAGUUGCAGGCUGCAUACCUUCACCUGCAGGUGCGCAUCGAUCAACUCGCCAAAGCUCUGGAGAAGAUUUGGGUGGAAUAA